AUGAAGCGAGGGUUGCUUCUAGGCUUGUGUGCCCUGCUGGUCCUCGCCGCGGUGGCCUCUGAGGCCGCCUCCGAGGUGUACGACCUGCAGCGUCGCAUGGGUGCGGAGGAGGAGUGGGAGACAAUCAGCAGUGUCACUAUCUCGCGUGCCUCCGUCGAUGCCACUGCGCGGCUGCGGCAGAGCAGCGACGCAGUGGGUUCCGGGAAGCAGGUGGACCUGACGAAGGAGAAGAAGGCGGCGUUGGCAAAGGCAGAAUUUGUGUAUUACCGUCUGCUGCGGAAAGGUGAUGCGGACGGCAGCAGCGCCGUCUCCGUCGCCCUCACGCCGUGUUCGCUGGUACGCGGCUUUGACGCCGUGGACUCUCGCACGGUUGUGAUGCGGGAGUCGCUGCGUGUGGCCGUUGGCCCCGACGCGACGGCCGUGGGACUUCAGGCAAGAAGCGGGACAAACACAUUUCAUGCAAAGAUGCUCAACGGUGAUGAGUGCGACCUCGGCAUCCUCGCCCUCUUUCCGCACGUGCGGCUGCAGGUCAGCGUCGGACUGCUGGAGCCAACGGCGCCGCGCAGCCUGCCGGACUACGCCGAACUGGAGGCCCUUGCCAAGCUCGUCGAUGAGAAGUCGGCGGGCAAGAAGGGCUCCAAGACGAAGAAGCGCCGCACGGUGUCCAAGGCCUCGUCGUCGCACGUCGGCAGCCCCCAACAGCAGCAGGCGGGAGUGCCGGUGGAGGACGACGAGGGGGAAGAGGCGGAGGAGGACAACCGCACGUUCCUCCAGAAGUACUGGACUUUCCUGCUGAUCCCGUUCUUAAUGAGCUUCUUGCAGAACUUUCUAGCAAAGCGGCGAUAA